AUGAAGCUGACGGGCAACUCUUUGGCCGUUUUGGCUGCGGCUGCUGCCCUUCCACUUACAGCCAGCGCCGCGUCGAGUGGAAGCGGCCCAGACAAGGACGGCAAGUAUUGGAUUCGCGCAAAGGGCAUCGAGGCGUCUUUCAUACCGUAUGGAGCGUCCAUCUCGAACUUGUUCAUCAACGAUCGCUACGGCAUCCAGCGCGAUCUCGUGGGCGGCUUCGACAAUGCCACCUACUACGGCAUUGACAAGCAGCAUCCGCACUUUGGCGGCGUGCCGGGCCGGUACGCGAACCGCAUCAAGAACAGCACCUUUGUCAUCGACGGCAAGACAUACCACACGCCGCCGAAUGAGAAUCCCACAAAGGCCGCGCCCAGCGGAUCAGAUACCCUUCACGGGGGCCCCGACGGCUGGGACUGGCGCAACUUCACCGUGUCGGCGCAUACCGCGACGAGCAUAACCUUUAGCAUAGUCGAUCCGGACGGAAAGGAGGGUUUUCCUGGCGAGGUCGUGUCGCACAUCACGUACACGGUGCAGGAGAACCAGUGGGACUUUAAGAUGGUGGCGCUGGCGACGACCAAGAAGACGCCCAUCAUGCUUAGCAGCCACACGUACUGGAACCUGGAUGGGUAUGCCAAUAACGAAACGCAGACGGCGCUGAAUCAUACGCUGCAUCUUCCGUAUAGUGGACAGCGCGUCGAUGUCGAUGGCUUCUUGAUCCCGACGGGCGACAUUUUGGCGAACAAGAAGAACACGGCGAAUGACUUUUGGUCGCAGCCGAAGCAGCUUGGCAAGGGCUUCCAGCAGAGUGGCAUCAAGGAGAAUUGCGGUAACAAUUGCACUGGCUUUGAUACCUGCUACCUCGUCAACCGGGAUGCUCUGGGCCCCUUUGACUGGCGUACUGAAGGCCCUGUCGCUAGCUUAUCCUCACCUUGGUCCGGCAUCCACCUGGACGUCUAUUCGGACCAGACGGCCUUCCAGGUGUACAGCUGCAACGGGCAAAACGGCACGCUGACGUUGAAGAAGACGCAGGGUCUGCACAACAACAAGAAAUUCCCGAGAACGAUUCCAAAGUACGGAUGUCUGGUGAUGGAGGUGGAGGACUGGAUUGACGGCAUUAACAACCCGGAAUGGGGGAGGAAGCAGAUCUGGGGACCGGACGAUGGCCCAUCAGAAAUGGAAGACGACCGGGCGCUCGUCGAUCUCGGCGCGGCAGCGGAUAUAGAGGAAGCGCGACUAGAAGUUCACGGAGCAGAUAACGACACUACAAAAGAUGAGACACCGGCAUUAAGACAACCAAAGAGGCGCUUUGUAGGACGGAGAGCAGCGGACGAGGCGGCGGCAGCAAAGGGAUCAACAGAGGAGGGAGGUAGCGGUGCUGUUCAAGCGGCCAAACCUCGACGAGCUCCGCGACUUCUAAACAGAGUCCCCAAGGAAAUAUUAGAAGACCCCAGCCUCAAGGAAGCCAUAGCGCUGCUGCCAGCCAACUACAACUUCGAAAUACCAAAGACAAUACACCGAAUCCGAGAGUCCGGGGCGCGCAAAGUAGCGCUGCAGAUGCCCGAAGGCCUGCUCUUGUUUGCGACGACCAUUUCGGACAUUGUGACGCAGUUCUGCCCGGGCGUCGAGACGCUCAUUAUGGGCGAUGUGACGUACGGCGCGUGCUGCAUCGACGACUAUACUGCGCGAGCGCUGGGUUGCGAUUUGCUGGUGCAUUAUGCGCAUAGUUGUUUGAUCCCCGUGGACGUGACCAAGAUCAAGACGCUGUACGUCUUUGUCGAUAUUAGCAUCGAUACGGCGCAUCUGAUUGCCUCGCUGGAGAGAAACUUUGCCAGUGGCAAGACUAUUGCGAUUGUCGGCACUAUUCAAUUCAACGCCACCAUCCACGGCAUACGGAGCAGCCUCGAAGCGGCUGGUUUCGGCGUCGUCGUGCCUCAGAUCGGACCACUCAGCAAGGGUGAGAUCCUAGGCUGCACAUCGCCUCGUCUGCGGGAUGAGGAUGGCAUUGACCUGAUUCUCUAUCUCGGUGACGGGCGCUUCCAUCUUGAGAGUAUCAUGAUUCACAACCCGGCUAUUCCUGCUUACCGGUACGACCCAUACUCGCGCAAGUUGACGCGAGAGACGUACGGCCACGAUGAGAUGCAGUCAGUGCGCCGUUCCGCCAUCCAGACUGCCCGCAAAGCCCGUCGCUGGGGCCUCAUUCUGGGAUCGCUCGGGCGCCAGGGGAACCCGCAUACGCUGGCCCUUAUCGAGCGGGAGCUGGCCGAGCGGGGCAUCCCCAAGAUAGAUCUCCUCCUGAGCGAAAUCUUCCCCGGCAAGCUUGCCAUGAUGAGCGAUGUCGAGUGCUGGGUGCAGGUUGCAUGCCCGCGGUUGAGUAUCGACUGGGGAUACGCUUUCCCCAGGCCGCUUCUAACUCCUUACGAGGCACUUGUGGCGCUGGGGAAGAGAGGGGGCUGGGGUAAGGAGGAUGGUGGUGAUGGCAUCUACCCUAUGGAUUACUAUGGACGAGAUGGGCUGGGGAGGACGAAGCCGCUGGAGGGUGUUGCGGCAUGA